AUGACAGAAUUAAGACAAGUUAAUAAGCAAGAAUUUUUACGAGAAUUAAAAUAUCGGGUAGAAAAUGAAGAAAUAACCGAAGAAGAAAUAAUUAUUUUGAUGCGGAGUUAUUUAUUAAAAGAGGAAGAGGAGAUGAAUAAGCAAAAAGAGUCAAUUAGACGAGGUGAUAUUUACUGGGUAAGAUUUGGCAAAACUGUCGGCACUGAAAUUCGCGAUCCUCACCCUGUAAUCGCUAAUUAUAAAGAAAGCAAAAUUAUGUGCGAACAAAUUAAGUCAGUUAGCAAGAAGAGGUUGUCGGAAAAUAUAAUUGGUGUUUUGCCUCCGGAAUUAUUAGCCAAAGUGGAAAUAAAAGUCAAAAAAGUCGAUGCAUCAAAAAGAAAAAAUCAGCCAAGAACAAAUCCAAGAGCGAUGAAUUUGAGGCAUUUUGCUCCUGCUGAGUUAUAUGGCAAUAAUUGGUCUAAUUGGUAA